AUGGCGGACAGUAGCGACGAGUGCUACGUCGACCUCUCGGCCGCGAUGGACGCCGCAAUAAACAAGAUGUGGCAGUCGUACGACCCGAACAACAACGGGUUCCUCAACCGAGACGAGGCCCGCGAGCUCCUCAUCUCGACGCUCAAGGAGAUGGACGUGCCCGGCGACCUCUUGAGCGACGACGCGUUCGAUGCGAUCUUCAACGAGUUCGACACGGACGCCAACGGCACCAUCUCCAAGGAUGCGAUCGUGGCCUUCUUUAGCACCUUUAUGGACUUUGCCCAUAACGAUCCGUUUGCCUUUGCGCCGUCGCACGUCGUCGUGCCCAUUGGCAGCACCGUGACGUGGGUGCAUGCCAACCCGCUCGCGCCGCUGCAUUCCAUCACGAGCGUCGAUGGCAGCGCCGACUCGCCCGAGCUGGCACUCGGGCAUAGCUUUCACCGCGUCUUCCACGCCGCCGGCACGUUCCACUACUACUGCUACCGCUACUCGUUCAUGGAGGCGUCGGUGACGGUCGUCGAUGCCGCGCCGCGCGUACCGACACCGCCGCCAAUGAUGCUCGCGACGUCCGAGCCCAAACUCAUGACGACCCACGACGCGUUCGUCCAUGCUGCCUCUUUGAACCAAACCACGGUCCUCGCUCGAUGGAUUGAGAAGGGACUGGCCGUUGAUGCCGAUGAUUCCGAGGGUCAAAAGGCGCUAUGCAUGGCCGCCCGCCACCAGUCUCUCGACGCCAUGCAGCUUUUGCUGGCACAUGGCGCGAGCGUGCAUGCAACACAGAGCUCCGGGGGCCAAACCGCGCUGCACUGUGCUUGCACCUGGGGACGCCAGUUGGCCGUCGAGCUCCUCCUCACCCACGGCGCGCGUGUCGACAGCUGCGAUGCGUCGAAGCAAACGCCACUGCACUGUGCGAGCAGGAAUGGGCACGUCGACGUCGUGCUUUGCCUCUUGCGAGCGGGCGCGGACCCACACGUGGCAGACGAGUUGGGGCACACACCGCUCCAAGUUGCCACCGACUGGAAGCGCUUGGACGUGCUUGAAGCGCUCACACACUACGUGUCGACCACGUAUCGGACCGCCAUGGCGCGCAAACUCGAGCUCGCCAUGGCCUAUGUGCGCUACGAACUGCCUCGUGGCGUGCGCGACACCGUCUCCGACGAGAAGAGGACCAUUGACGCACUCACAAGCUUGGACGUGGCGUCGGCGCCGCCGCUCUCAGUGCUCCAACACGCGUCCGUCUUUAGCACAUGCGACAUCCCUCCGUCGCUCUCGCUGGACGACGCAUUGCACCUCCUGCACACGAGCCAGAGUCUAGUGCGGUGGCUUCUCAACGACCGGCAGCACUUGCGCAGCUGCAACAAACGGCUCAAGCAGCAGCUCGAAGCAUCGACCUCCUCCGCUGCGAUCGUGCGCCGGCAGUCGGCACCCAACUUUAUGGCGACAAGUUCCGCCGCCAAGGUCGCCGUGGUCCGCGUCCAAACGCUCGUGCGAGGCUUCCUCGCGCGCCGGCGGUUCCAAAAGCUUCUUAUCGCUCUCUUCACGGCGCCGCGCACGUAG